AUGCUGGAGCCAACCUCCCGUCUUGGUUGGAUGUGUCGCUCCAGCAAUUGUUCACUGAGACACUUGGGAGACCGGUCGCUGUCUGCAAUGACGCGGACACCGCAAUUGUGGCGGAACAAUAGCGCUUGGAAUGGGCGUAGACUUUGGUGUCGUUGUAAACGGUCAACCUGUAUGGGGUGGCAGCAAUGCAAUCGAAAGGAGACCUAUGAUUGUCGAGCGCAUUGGAAGAUAGUGUGGUUGCUCUCAACGUGGAUGCCUUGA